AUGAUCAAAGGUUUAAUAAAAAGCAUUAAAAAAUACCCCAAAACUUCAAUUUUCCUUGCUGGUACUUUCACCUAUAUUGGAAACCACUAUCAAACUAAAUACAAUGAUAAUCUUCUCCGUCGUCGAUUAUGCAGUCAGCUGAAGGAACUUGGGAUGAAGCCUUUAAAAGAAAAGCAAGGUCUACAUCGAGUCACUGUCUUUCUAAAUCCAUUUGCUCAUCAGAGAGGAAUUCUUGAAAAGUUUGAUGACAACGCUAUGCCGCUUCUUCAAAUUAGUGGUCUCGAUGUCCAAAUGGUUUACUUAGAUGAUGAUGAUGAGGUAAAGAAGCUUACUAACGUCCUGGAUCCCAAAAGCACUGAUGCAAUAAUCGUUGCGGGGGACGAUAAUCUUUUAGCCAAGGCAAUCACUGGUCUUCUACGAAGAGCUGAUUAUACAAAUACUAACUUGUGGGAGAUUCCUGUAUAUGCGCUUCCUCUCGGGAUAUUCAAUAACUUUUGCACGUCAGUUUUAAAAGAGAAUAAUAUUAUCAACUGGUGCUAUCGUAUGAUCGAACCAGGUCUUCAGCAAAAGUGCGAUCGACGGAAUGUCCUGAGCAUUCGUCCAGUAAUUCAAUGCAACGAAGAUGGUUUGUGCUUCCAAGCCGAUCAGAGAAAGCAGGAAACUUUUGCUAUGACAGGAAUUGAAUGGAGUUGCUGGCGAGAUGUGGAGUAUGGAGGUGGGGGAACAUCGCUAACUUCCGCUCGGCCUGCCAGUCACAAACCCCGUCUAGUUUCUCUGAUCGAUUCCCAGACUACUUCUGACUUGUCUGCUUUCAGCUACUACACUCCACGACAGUUGUUCAAGCGCCUUGGAGCGAGGAUUCGUCACGGCUGGAAUUAUAUACGAUCUCCGGAGUUUGAUCCCUCACCCGCUCCUGAACAUGUCAUAGAGGCUGCUAGGAAGAAAAAGAAGCCCAUUCGACGUGGAUGUGCCAAACAAGCAAACCUUUUUGUGAAACCUGUCUGCCCUGGUUGUAAAAAGUGCUGGGAAAAAAAGUGUAGGGUAAGUAUCGCAACAUUUUCGUGCCUUUUUUUGUAUAUGCAGCUCGCUGAGUACAAGCCUGCAAAACCUAGGCAGUCUUCAUGGCUGAGCUACUUCUUCGGAUUCGCAUAUUCCAAAAAUAAUGACAAGACUACUCCAAGAACUCAACCCCCUGAACACGAAAACCCCGAAUGCGGCGCCGAGAUUCAAUUAAGUGUUCCCCUCGCUUCCCGAAUCGUUUUGACUCUUUCUGGGGCGCUGCUGUGUUGGCUGGCAACUCGCUGGGCCGCUGUGUUGGCCGCUGUCAAUUUCCCUCCUGCACGUAUAGUUGUGGAGGGUGAAACGGAGAAAGUUGAUGCAAUUUCACAUCUGUUGGAUUAUAUUCAUGUGAAUGUAUCGCCCGCGGCGAAGGGUCUUGUGGAUUACAUUAAGCAGGCAAUGGUGCAUCUAACUUCUCCGGCCUAUCACUGUGACAACGACCUAACCCCCAUUCCCGACCCUGCGACUUUAAAUUCCAAUGAGAUGUCCUUCCUAUGCUCAUCCGUCAUCCUCUGCCCAUCCCGAACUGACGUGAGUUCCUUUUGA